AUGGACCUAAUCCCAAGCUUUUCCAUGGAAACCUGGGUUCUCCUGGCUACCAGCCUGGUGCUCCUUUAUCUAUAUGGGACCUAUACACAUGGACUUUUUAAGAAGCUGGGAAUUCCUGGGCCGACACCUCUACCUUUUUUGGGAACUGUUCUGGGCUACCUUAAGGGUUUCUGGGAUUUUGACAAGAAAUGUUUUAAAAAGUAUGGAAGUAUGUGGGGGAUUUAUGAUGGCCCACAGCCUGUGUUGGCCAUUACAGAUCCAGAUAUGAUCAAAACAGUACUAGUGAAAGAAUGUUAUUCUGUCUUCACAAACCGGCGGUCUCUUGGUCCAGUGGGAUUUAUGAAGAAUGCCAUCUCUCUGUCUGAGGAUGAGCAAUGGAAGAGAAUAAGAACAUUGCUGUCUCCAACCUUCACCAGUGGAAAGCUCAAGGAGAUGUUCCCCAUCAUUGGCCAGUAUGGAGAUGUGUUGGUGAGGAACCUGAGGAAGGAAACAGAGAAAGGAAAACCUGUCACCUUGAAAAACAUCUUUGGGGCCUACAGCAUGGAUGUGAUUACUAGCACAUCAUUUGGAGUGAAUAUCGAUUCCCUCAACAACCCACAAGAUCCCUUUGUGGAAAAUACCAAGAAGCUCUUAAGAUUUAAUUUCCUCAAUCCAUUCUUUCUCUCAAUAACACUCUUUCCAUUUCUUAAAGCAGUUUUUGAAGUAAUACACAUAUAUAUGUUUCCAAAACGUGUUACUGAUUUUUUCACAAAAUCUGUAAAAAGGAUGAAAGAAAGUCGCCUCAAAGAUAAACAAAAGCACCGAGUGGAUUUUCUUCAGCUGAUGAUUAACUCUCAGAAUUCCAAAGAAAUGGACACCCAUAAAGCUCUGUCUGAUCUGGAGCUUGUGGCCCAAUCUAUUAUCUUUAUUUUUGCUGGGUACGAGACCACUAGCACUUCUCUUUCUUUCCUUAUGUAUCUUUUGGCCACUCAUCCUGAUGUCCAGCAGAAGCUUCAGGAUGAGAUUGAUGUGACUUUCCCAAAUAAGGCCCUUCCCACCUAUGAUACCCUGUUACAGAUGGAGUAUCUUGACAUGGUGCUGAAUGAAUCUCUCAGAUUGUUCCCAAUUGCUGGUAGACUUGAGAGGGUCUGUAAGAAAGAUGUGGAAAUCAAUGGAGUGCUAAUUCCCAAAGGGACAGUGGUGAUGGUGCCAACCUUUAUUCUUCAUCGAGCCUCAGAGUUCUGGCCUGAGCCUGAGGAGUUCUGUCCUGAAAGGUUCAGUAAGAAUAACAAGGACAACAUAAAUCCUUAUAUAUACCUGCCCUUUGGAACUGGACCUCGAAACUGCAUUGGCAUGAGAUUUGCUAUCAUGAACAUGAAACUUGCUAUCGUCAGAGUGCUGCAGAACUUCUCCUUCAAACCUUGUAAAGAAACACAGAUCCCCCUGAAAAUAGGCAAUCAAGGACUUAUUCAACCACAGAAACCCAUUGUUCUAAAGGUUGAGUCCAGAGAUGGUACCUGGAAUGGAGCCUGA